UUCAAUGAAACGGCGCCUGACACGUUCAGCAACAACAGGAUUUCAUCUAUAAUGGAUACACUCAAAUUUGUGGACGAUAUCAAGGCUAGUCCUGAAAACAAGCAUGUUGGGUCUCCUGGAGUGUCCGCUUUGCUAGAGCGUGGUGCCGACGAAGUCUUCAAGAGCUCGGGGUACUUGACUGAAGUCUUGCUCGACAAGCGGUUAUGCCAUUCGGAUGAUCAUAAAGACUGUCCUUUCUCAUACGUGUUCAAGACCGACAAGCAGAUGUUUGAUAGGUACGAAGAGCCGGGAAACGAAUUUAGACUCAAGAGAUUUGCUUCUGCCAUGGAGGGAGCGGCGAAAUUGGACCCUCCGAAUGCAAUCCUGGCAGAUAAGCACACAAUGAAUGGCACAAUAGGAUCUUCACCUCACUGUGUUUGGUCAGGAUUUCAAUGGGGAAGUCUAGCGAACGGAUCCGUUGUCGUGGAUGUCGGCGGUGGUAUGGGCCAUACUAUGCUCAAAAUCCACAAAGAACACCCAUCCUUGAAAAUUGUGGUUCAAGAUAAACCCAAGGUUAUCGAGCAAGUGAAGCAGUUUUGGAGCGCGAAUGCGGCCGACGCUGUCUCUAGUGGCUCCGUUACGUUGCAAGUUCAUGACUUCUUCACGCCGCAACAAGUCAGAGCACCUGCUGUGUUUAUGUGCCGGAUGAUCUUCCACGACUACGGCAAGUCUGUUGCAGCCAAGAUCUUGAAGCAAUUGCGAUCUGCGGCAUCUGAGGACACCAAACUUCUCGUCAUUGACCAAGUUGUUCCAUAUGCGCGUCCCAAUGAAACAACACAGUCCCUGACUAGUAGCAUCAAAGGCGCAGGUCAACUUCCCGUUCCCCCUCCUUUGCUGGCCAACUUGGGAAGGGCCAAUUCGAUUACCGUUAUCGGAGACCUACAGAUGUACACGUCGCAAGGAGGUGAGGAACGCACACUCGGAUCAUCUAUCGAUCUUUUGGGAAGCGAAAGCUGGAAGAUAGAAGAAGUCUUCACUGUCCCCGGUUCGAUUCACAAACAGAUUCUGGCCAUUCCCGUCUAA